AUGCAGGCUAGAAUGGCAACUCUAUAUGGCCUACACUGUGUUUACAGACUUCACAACUUAAAUAUUCAGCUGGCAUUGUUGGAAUAUGAGCGUACGAUCAGGCAGCGUAGACAGCAAAGACGAUACAAUCCGUAUCACUGGCGUUUGCCAAGACCACGGGGAUCAUGGUUUGAAAUACACUUUAAUAAUCGAGCAAUUCCUCCCCACUACUUCAAAACUCAGUUACGAAUGGAUAGGGAUACCUUUGAUGUACUUCUUAACGUGCUGCACCGUUCUCUUUUGAUGCAAAACACCUCCUUGCGCGAUUGCAUUCCUCCAGAGAAAGUGCUCGCUCUUGGCCUCUACCGCCUUGCACAUGGAAACUCUUACUCGACAAUAGGUGCUAACUUUGGUGUAGCAAAAAGUACGGUGAUUUAG